UUGUUAUUAUUCUAUGGAAGUGUGUUUUGGUUGCUUGUUGGGUUUGGUUAUCAAGUUUAUCUAGGGAAUUGGAAAAAAAUAUAAAUUUUCGCAUGUUUCGCCACAAGAAAAAUAAAAAAUUCUGAGUAUAAUGCUACUGAAUGAUUGAACAAAUUUUUUCUUUUGGUAUAAAACAAUAUUGAUAAUGGACUCAAAAACUAAGAAUGGAAGUGUAGAUAAUGAAAAUCUCAAUUUGGAUUUAAUGGGUGACGAUUUAAAACUUGUAGAUGAAGUGAAUUAUGAAAGUGAUGUUUCCUCUUCGAGUUCUGAAAGUUCUAGUGCUCCAAGCAUUAGCUCAGUGAGUAGUGGUUCCUCUAGAGGAAGAAGAACGAAGCACAAAAGAGAACGAUCCAGGGAUAAGAGUCCUUCUCCACCCAAUAAAAAGAUUCGUUCAAAAGAUAACAGAGCCAAGUCAUAUGAUUUUAUGACGAAAUUGAACUAUUUAUUUAAGGGCGCUCGUUUUUUUGUGAUUAAAUCAAAUAAUGCUGAGAAUAUAACGUUGUCAAAAGCUAAAGGAGUCUGGUCUACUCUUCCACAAAAUGAAUCUAACUUGAAUAAAGCCUUUAGAGAAUCUAGAAAUGUGCUUUUAGUUUUUUCAGUAAAAGAGAGUGGAAAGUUUGCAGGAUUUGCUAGGCUACAUGGGGAAUCUAGGCAUGAUGUGCCACCCAUUUCUUGGGUUCUUCCUCCAGGUUUAUCAGCUAAAGCACUGGGUGGAGUUUUUAAGGUUGACUGGAUAUGUCGUAAAGAACUGCCCUUCUCUAGCACUAUGCAUUUGUAUAAUCCUUGGAAUGACGGUAAACCAGUCAAAAUUGGUAGAGAUGGACAAGAAAUUGAACCCAGGGUAGCUGAAGAAUUAUGUCGCUUAUUUCCACAAGAUGAAGGAAUUGAAAUUACACCUAUUUUAAGAUUAGCUAAAGAAUCAGCUAAAAGAUUGAAUGAUAGAAGCCGUGAUGGAUAUCGCCAUCCCAAGACUAGAAUGCCAAUUGCUGCAAGGAAUCCAUCGUUUGGAUUCAGAGGUAAUAGAGGAAUGUCUCGUAGAAAAUAUUUUCUAUCUACUAGAGGACUCACAUCAUCAUCCUAUAGGAGAUCACCAUCACCUAGACCGAGAGACAGGUACAAUUUGUUCAGGGAUGCCCCAAGAACAUACACAGCAGCUGCUGCAGAAGCUUUUGUUGCAGACUAUAUGAGGACUAUGCAGCAUCAAUUACCCCCAUUGCCCUAUGUUCCACCCCCGGGACUAUACUCAGGGUCUUCUUAUGAUCCAUUACCACCACCUCCACGAUAUUAUGAUGGACUGCCCUUACCUGAGUAUUCUGUCAGUUCCAGAGUAAGCAAUUCCUACUCUGAAGAAAGAUCCUAUGACAGGUCAGUAGACGAAUUCUUAUGGAGGACCAAUGAACGCUCAAGGGAGAGAGAUAGGGAGAGGGAAAAUCGUCAACGUUACAGAGAUAGGAGAUAAGGUUUGACUACUAAUAGGGGACAAUUUUAUCAGAAUUUUUUUUAGAAUUCUGUUUUAUCUUUCAUUUGUAUUACCCUGGAUGUUCUUUGAUGUAAAAAUAUUGACUUGUAUAAAUCCUGAUCAUCUUAUCUGAUUUUUAUAGUUUAUAGGUGUAUUGAAUUAAGUUAUAAUGAUUUUCAAUUUGUAUAUUACACAUAUUUCUCAUAAA